AUGUAUGAAGACAACCAAGGAUCAAUCGCUCUCGCCAAGAACCCGGAGUUCCAUAAGAGAACAAAACACAUCGACAUACGCUACCAUUUUGUGCGUGAGAAGGUGGAAUCAGGUGAAGUCGUUUUGGAGUAUUGCCCGACUCAAGAUAUGCUGGCAGACAUGAUGACCAAGCCGAUCGCCGCUGUACAAUUUGAAAACAUUCGCGAUCGACUUGGGAUCCAGGUGCCGCAGCUAACGAGUCGAGAGGGAGUGUUGAAAAGACAGCGGCUGUGA